CCCACUCCAUUCUGUCUAUGUCCUGCUUUUAUACUUUCACUUUGAAUCAGAAUAUGACGCAGAUGAAAAACCUCCAUUUUAAGGUGAAGCAGUGAGACGUAGUGAAGAUGGAUCAGCGUGAGGACAGAGUCACUCCGACUGAAACCUCUCUGCAGGAGGAAAACCAGAGGAAUGAAUCUGAACCAGAACCAGAACCUGGACCAGAAUCCAGCUGUAUUUCCUUACAGAGUGAUAAGUCAACUGGACGAUUAGUUGAUUUUAAAUCAAAUCAACCUCCAGCUACAAAGAGGAAGAAAGCUGGACCUGGAUCAGAACCAGAACCCAGCAUCGUGUCGUUCAAGAGUAACAAGUCAACUGGACGAUUAAUUGAUUUUAAAUCAGCUGAACCUCCAGCUACAAAGAGGAGGAAACAUGGUUCUGAAACAGAACCCAGCAUCGUGUCGUUCAAGAGUAACAAGUCAAGUGAGCGUUUAAUUGAUUUGAAAUCAAAUCAACCUUCUACAAAGAGCAUGGACCAGGCGAGCUCAGAGGAUCCCAGUGGUCUGUCUGUACAGCAGCAUCAGGCACUACUGGACUCCAUAUGGACGGAGCUGAAAGAAAACAUUUUUACUUUUGCAACAAAUGAGUUGAAGAAAACAAAGAAUGUUUUGAUUCCAGAUUACAAAGAAAGUUUAGAAAGUCAGAGCGAUGGUGAAGAUGAGAAACAAAGGAACAGCAGAGAGGCAUUUUUGAAGAUCGUAGUAAACACUCUGAAGACCAUGGGUCAGGAGGGACUGGCUGACCUUUUACAAAGCAGGUCUUCUGGUGUGUGCAUGUAUAACCUCAAAUCUAACCUGAAGAAGAAGUUCCAGUGUGUGUUUGAGGGGAUCACUAAAGCAGGAAACCCAGCCCUCCUGAACCAGAUCUACACUGAGCUCUACAUCACAGAGGGAGAAACUGGAGAGGUCAACCAGGAACAUGAGGUCAGACAGAUUGAAACAGCACACAGGAAACAACACAAAACAGAAACAACAAUAAAACUGGAAGACAUCUUUAAAGUCCCACCUGGUAGAGAUCAGCCAAUUAAAACAGUGAUGACAAAGGGAGCGGCUGGCAUUGGGAAAACAGUCUUAAUACAAAAGUUCACUCUGGACUGGGCUGAAGACAAAACCAACCAGAACAUCCAGUUCAUAUUUCCAUUUAAUUUCAGAGAGCUGAAUGUCCUGAAAGAAAAAAAGUUCAGCUUGGUGGAACUGAUUCAUCAUUUAUUUCCUGAAACCAAAGGAAUCAGCAGCUUUGAACAGUUCCAGGUUCUGUUCAUCAUUGAUAGCCUGGAUGAAAGUCGACUUGAUCUGGAUUUCAACAAUGAGAUCCUGACUGAUGCUACAGAGUCCAGCUCACUGGAUGUUCUGCUGACAAACCUCAUCAGGGGGAAACUGCUUCCCUCUGCUCUCCUCUGGAUAACCACACGACCUGCAGCAGCCAAUCAGAUCCCUCCUCAGUGUGUUGGCAUGGUAACAGAGGUCAGAGGGUUCAAUGACCCGCAGAAAGAGGAAUACUUCAGGAAGAGAUUCAGUGAUAAGGAGCUAGCGAGCAAAAUCAUCUCCCACAUGAAGACUUCAAGAAGUCUCCACAUCAUGUGUCACAUCCCAGUCUUCUGCUGGAUCACUGCUACAGUUCUGGAGGAUGUGAUGGAGACCACAGAAGGAGGAAAACUGCCCAAGACUCUGACUGAGAUGUACAUCCACUUCCUGGUGGUUCAGACCAAAGUGAGGAAGGUCAAGUAUGAUGGAGGAUCUGAAACAGAUCCACACUGGAGUCCAGAGAGCAGGAAGAUGAUUGAGUCUCUGGGAAAACUGGCUUUUGAUCAGCUGCAGAAAGGAAACCUGAUCUUCUAUGAAUCAGACCUGACAGAGUGUGGCAUCAAUAUCACAGCAGCCUCAGUGUAUUCAGGAGUGUUCACACAGAUCUUUAAAGAAGAGAGAGGUCUGUACCAGGACAAGGUGUUCUGCUUCGUCCAUCUGAGUGUUUAGGAGUUUCUGGCUGCCCUUCAUGUUCAUCUGACCUUCAUCAACUCUGGAGUCAAUCUUAUUGAGGAACCUGAGAAAGUAGAUAAUGAAUUGGCAUUGGUGAAUAUGCAUCAGAGUGCUGUGGACAAAGCAUUACAAAAUCCAAAUGGACAUCUGGACAUGUUUCUCCGGUUCCUCCUGGGUCUUUCACUGCAGGCCAAUCAGAGACUCCUACAAGGUCUGCUCACACAGACAGGAAGUAUCUUACAGACCAACCAUGAAACAGCUCAGUACAUAAAGAAGAAAAUCAGUGACAAUGUGUCUACAGAGAAAAGCAUUAAUCUGUUUCAUUGUCUGAAUGAACUGAAUGAUCGUUCUCUAGUGGAGGAGAUCCAACAGUCUCUGAGUUCAGGACGUCUCUCCGCUGAUAAACUGUCUCCUGCUCAGUGGUCAGCUCUGGUCUUCAUCUUACUGUCAUCAGAAAAAGAUCUGGAUGAGUUUGAUCUGAAAAAGUAUUCUCCUUCAGAUGAGACUCUUGUGAGUCUGUUGCCUGUGGUCAAAGCAACACAAAAAGCAGUGAUGAGUGGCUGUAAUCUCUCAGAGAGAAGCUAUGAACCUCUGUCUAAAGUCCUGAGCAGCCAGUCCUCAAAUUUAAGAGAGUUAGACUUGAGUAACAACAAUCUAAUGGAUUUGGGGGUGAAGUUGUUGUGUGAUGGACUAAGAAGUUCACAAUGCAUGUUGGAGAUCCUAAGCCUCUCAGGCUGUCUGAUAACAGAGGAUGGUUGUAGUUCUCUGGCCUCAGCUCUGACCUCCAGCCUCUCAAAUCUAAAAGAGCUGGACCUGAGCUACAACAAUCCAGGAGAUGCAGAAAAGAAGCUGCUGAAAGCGACAAAGAGGAGUCCACAGUUCAAACUUAAGGUGGAGCCUGCUGGGGUCCAAUGGUUGAAACCAGGCUUGAGGAAGUAUUCCUGUCAACUCACCUUUGAUUCAAACACAGUGAACAGAAAACUCAAACUGUCUGAAGGCAACAGGAAGGUGACAUCAGUGGAGGAGCUUCAGUCAUAUCCUGACCAUCCGGACAGAUUUGAUGUGAGGCCUCAGCUUCUAUGUAAAGACGGUCUGACUGGUCGAUGUUAUUAUGAGGUGGAGAUUGGAAAAGGUGUUGAUAUUUCAUUAAGCUACAAAGGAAUUGGGAGGAAAGGAAACAGCAGUGACUGUCGGUUUGGGAUGAAUAAUCUUUCUUGGAGUUUGAUCCACUCUGAUCGCCAUGGUAACUGUCUCUGGAGCAAUAAGUCAGGAACAUCCAUAUCUUCCUCCUCUGUCUCUAACAGAGUAGCAGUGUAUGUGGACUGUCCUGGUGGUGUUCUGUCCUUCUACAGAGUCUCCGCUGACUCGCUGAUCCACCUCUACACCUUCAACACCACAUUCACUGAACCUCUCUACCCUGGAUUUGCUGUCUUUUCUAAUUCCUCUGUUUCUUUAGUCUGAAGAUGCUGAGAAAAGUUCUGCUCCCAUUCUUCUACAGCCUAGUUUUGCUCGCUUAGCUUUACUUUUUGAAAAAAGGAAAUGUUGACAAUUAAUCCAUGUAAAAACUUCAUAUUAUCCAUUUUUUUAUUUUUUAUUUAUGCAUUGUAUAAAUGUGAGAUCUGCACUGAAGUGAAGACUAAGACCUUUGAUCUGAUUUAUGGAUGAAUAUUUUUACACUACCAAUGGAUAAGUAUUGUCCUUGAAUUGCAUUUUAAGUUAAGUUUCUUGGCAAACUAACUAAACAGUUUCCUCUAACUCAGUGAUCACCACUACACCACAUUCACUGAAACUCUCUACCCUGGAUUUGCAGUCCUCACUAAUUCCUCUGUUUCUUUAAUCUGAAGACUCUAAAAAAAUCAUCUUUAAAACACUUUUUACAUUCAUGUAUUCAUUUUGUUUUGUUCUCAUAUUCUCAGUUAUUUUUGUUUUCCUUUCCCUAAAUAUCUUAACUCUUAAAUGUAGUUUAUUUAGGCAAAGUUGCUGUUAUAUAGAACUGAAGAAAAAUGGAGAGUUAGUGAUUUUUUUAUUUGUAUGUGUAUGUACAUAAAUAUAAUAUGUUUGAAUGCAGCAAAUCCUAAAGAAGUUCCACAACUGCUAGUUUUGUUAUUUUUUUCUCUUUAUUAUUCAGCAUUAUAAUAAUAAUACUGAUAUUUUUGAUGCAUAAUUAUGUACAACCACAAUCCUUUAUAAAACUUAGUGCUUUAUAUGUACCUCACUAUUAAGUAAUCUACUUUUCUUUAUGCUUAUCCAGAAAUCCUGAAUUAAUAUCGAUUUAUUUUUAUGUUUAA